AAAGGCACAAGAACGACGCUUUGUUCUGGCAGAGUUAUUCCGUUGGAUUGAUCCCAGUUUGUCGGGCUCUCGGACCCCCUUGUGAAAAAGGGAGAAGUGCGAGCGAGGAGCGAAAAGAACGAAGUGUGGUUGGAUUUACAGUACAAGGGUGGGGGGGGAAUCGUCCGAAAUUGCAUUCACGGACGCAAUGAGGCGACUGAGCUCUCUGCACAGAUUUGUCAGACCUCGUGCGGCGGGAGGAGACUGCGGCGGAUAUUCCAGGGAUGCAGCGCUAGUCUGGGAUGAAGCAAGAUGAGCGCCGUCUGUCCGCCAAGGCUGGAGAGAGAUGUAACCGAUUACUUCUGAAGCGCUUUGAGUUCGCGAGAUCAUUCUCAUUUCGAUAGCCAGAGCAACGGUCUUAAUUUUGCAGAAAUCCAGAAUCGUCCGGUGGUGGGAAAAUAAAAUGAUUUCAUGUGUGCACAUCUCGAUGUAAAACCACAUUUUUUGACUCUCAAUCUCGACUCAUUUUCAUUAAGCAAGAAGCGUGAAGAUGAACCAAAAUGAAACAUUUCAUGUGUCGACAAUGGAGGUAGCUAGCGUGCCUAUCCCUUUGGUCGCCGCUUAAAAUACCUUUAGAAUUCGGAUGGGCCGUAUGUAAAUCCCGCCUCGACCGUAAUAAUGUUCGUAAGAUGCCCCCGGAGCAAGUUGUCGGUGUGGGCUGCGCUGUGCGUGCUGGUGCUGUGUUGGCUGUACAUUUACCCAGUUUAUCGGCUGCCCAGCGACAAAGAGAUUGUCAAUGAAGUCUUACGCCAGGGACAAGAAUGGAAGAAGAACCAGACCGGAAUCCAUUUGUUUAGGAAUCUGCUGAAAGUAUGCUGCGACCCACGGAAGAUGUUCGCCGUGACGAAGGAGAACUCCCCCCUCGGGAAGGUCAUCUGGUACGACGGAGAGCUGUUCCACUCCCGCACCGUGAACAACGACACCUACCCCCUGUUUGUGCAGGAGACACCCCUUCAAGCCCCCCUCAAGCGGUGCGCUGUCGUGGGCAACGGCGGGGUCCUGAAGCGCAGCGGCUGUGGCAGGGACAUUGACGGGGCCGACUUCAUCCUGCGGUGCAACCUGCCACCGCUGUCUAAAGAGUACACUGAGGACGUGGGCACCAGGACACACUUGGUCACGGCGAACCCCAGCAUCAUCGAGAAGAGGUUCCAGAACCUUCUGUGGUCGCGGAAGGCGUUCGUGGACGGCAUGCGGGCGUACGGCGCGAGCUACAUCUACAUGCCGGCGUUCUCCAUGAAGCCCGGCACGGAGCCCUCGCUGCGCGCCUACCACGCGCUGGCCGACUCCGGCUCCAGCCAGACGCUGCUCUUCGCCAACCCGGACUUCCUGCGCAGCGUGGGCGGCUUCUGGAAGGCGCGCGGCAUCCACGCCAAGCGGCUCAGCACCGGCCUGUUCCUGGCCAGCCUGGCGCUGGGCCUGUGCGAGGACGUGGACCUGUACGGGUUCUGGCCCUUCUCCGUGGACCUGGAGGAGCGGCCCAUCAGCCACCACUACUACGACAACGUGCUGCCCUUCUCCGGCUUCCACGCCAUGCCCGAGGAGUUCCUGCAGCUCUGGCAGCUCCACAAGAGUGGCAUCCUGCGCAUGCACAUCGGCACCUGUCCCAGCGCGCCGGCCUAGACCCCCUCCUGCCCCGAAAUCCUCCUCUAUCCCCUCACCCAGCACCCCCACCUGCUCUGUCCCAUCACCCAGCACCCCCACCUGCUCUAUCCUCUCACACGGCACCCCCACCUGCUCUAUCCCCUCACCAAGCACCCCCACCCAGCACCCCCACCUGCUCUAUCCCCUCACCCAGCACCCCCUCCUGCCCCGAACUCCUCCUCUGUCCCCUCACACGGCACCCCCACCAGCUCUAUCCCCUCACCAAGCACCCCCACCCUGCUCUGUCCCAUAACCCAGCACCCCUGCCUCCCUGCCUCCCUCCCUCCCUCUCUCUCCCGAUCAGCAUGGGAAUGAGUG